GCGCGUGCGCGGGCGGCGGCCAUGGCGGCCAUGGCGGCCAUGGCGGGAGCGCUGGCGUGGGGCGGCCGUGCCGCGGCCCUGCGGGGAUCGCUGUCACCCCUGAGGGCGGCCCAGGCGCUCCUGGUUUGCAGGCUGAAGUCAUCAGUCAGCUUUCUUUCUCGACCAGAUCGACCAAAUAUUGCUUAUCAGAAACUAAAAGGGAGGAAUCCGGGGGUUAUUUUCCUUCCAGGCUUCAAUUCAAAUAUGAAUGGUCAGAAAGCAACUGCCCUUGAAGAUUUCUGCAAAUCUUUAGGUCAUGCCUUCAUCAGAUUUGACUAUACAGGAUGUGGAAGUUCAGAUGGUAAAUUUGAAGACUGUACAAUUGGGAAGUGGAGAAAAGAUGUCCUGUCUAUACUGGAUGAACUUACAGAUGGACCACAGAUUCUGGUGGGCUCCAGCAUGGGUGGAUGGCUGAUGCUUCACGCUGCAAUAGCACGCCCAGAUAAAGUCGCUGCUCUGGUUGGAGUAGCUGUAGCAGCAGAUCACGUUGUAACAACUUUCAAGAGGCUUCCCAUUGAGGCACAGAAAGAAAUUGAAGAAAAGGGUGAAUGGAAGUAUCAAACAAAGCAUAAUGAGGAAGGCUAUUACUCCUUGACCUAUGACUUUAUCAGAGAAGCAGAAAAUCACUGCGUGCUGAAUAGCCCUAUUCCUGUAAUGUGUCCCAUACGCCUCAUCCACGGCAUGAGGGAUGGUGAUGUCCCUUGGGAGAUCUCUAUGCAAGUUGCUGACCGUGUUUUGAGCAAGGACGUGGAUGUGAUCCUCCGCAAAAUCGGCCAGCACCGGAUGAGUGACAAGGAGGAUACCAAGCUCCUUGUGAAUACUGUUGAUGAUCUAAUUGACAAGCUGUCAACAGUAGCAUAGGCUGAAGAGUAGCAUUAGUGCAUGAACUCUACACCUGACUCUUUUCCUUGAGUAACAGAAGCCUUGUUCUUGCCCAGAUGGUGGCAGGCCUGUGACUGUCACAGUAGGACCUGAGCUUUAUCUGCUGUUUCCUUACCUCUGUUUCGUAAAUACAGGUAUUGUAUUAUUGCUGCAUUUGCACACAGCCCAAAGUGUGAAGGAGUGCUGCUAUUGUGUUCAGAACCUCUCCUUCACCACUUUAACCGUUUUUUUCACAAAUUUCCUACAAUUUUGUACUGACGUGUUGAUUAUUUUUUGUUACUAUUGGCCUGUACAGUCAAACUUUAUUUUCACAUCUUUUACACCUAUUACUAUCCUUCCACUGUAACAUCAUUGUAUCUUAUGUGUGGAACCAUCUGUGCAAGGCAAAAUACAACUUGAGUGUUUGCUGAAGUUAGUUAUUAGAAUAGUGAGUACCAUGAAACACAAUACACAGAUUUCAGAGAAAUGGUUAUUUUGUUACGAAACGCUGUUAAAAAGUGGAAGGCACACCCUGAUGGUGUGCUUGGGGUACUAUGUAGGGAAGAAUUUGACUUCUAAGAAUACAGGGCCUCAAAAUCUUAAGAGCUUUUUAUCUGUGCUUAUCAGGAGGGUGUGUGUCAUCUUCUCCAGGCUGUCUGUCUGUCAUUAUUCAUUUGUGGGCCUACUGUUAAGGGAACAAUAAAUAAUUUUGGUGUAAACUGAAACUGGAUCAAUAAGGUGACUUCAAUAGUAAAUUCUUCCAAGUGGGGAGUGCAGUGCCACAGAGCACCACUGCCUCUUUCCUAUGACUUGGGAGCUUGGGAACAGUGUCUUCUUGAGCUGCAUGAGUCCAACCCUGACAAGCUGUAAAGGGAACUUGAUAGCUGGAUAAUUCUUCCAAUGUAAAUCCAUAGAAUUUAAUAGGAAAUGGAUUUAAUUGCAAGUAUGACUGUUACCUGGGUUUUGUGCAGAAAUACGGUACCAUUCAUACACCUGAGAGAGAGCUUAGGUGAGAGGCUGGAAUUAGUUCAGGCUGGCCUUAAUGUGUAACUUCAGUCAAAAGCAUAUAAUUGUUUAUGGGCUUAUUAUUUGAAGUAGUAAAUGGCAUCACUAUUGUUACCUUAAAAGACUAAAGCUGCUGGGGGUAAGGUAUUUGUAGAGAGUUUGUCAUUUUCUGUUUUAGCUGUGUUAGUAGAAGUGUGCUGGACAGGGCUUUGCUGAAGUAGUGGGUUUUAAUUUAAAAAAAAACAAA